AUGUCGUCUGUGCGAUGGAUUCAGAUAAGGGGUCGACUGCGUAAAUAUCUUGGGAAUUUUACACAAACACCAGAAGGAAUACCAUUUCUAAAUCUAUUCACCGAACACUUGGAAUUACCUAAACUUACACCUGAAGAAUGUAUCAAUACUCCAUAUUGUUUACGCGUGAAAAGUGGGAAAAAUGAUGACAAUGACAACAGUAACAACGUAAGUAACAAUAGCUAUCACUAUUUAAUGCCGGCAUUCUACCGUUUAUUAACAUGGCUUAUAGACUCCAAUCGUCAAUUUGCUAUAUUCAUACGCACCUAUGGUAGAGAUGGUGAACAUAUUCUGUCUGCUGUUGAAGCCUAUGCUAAUGGUGAACAUCCACAAGAGAAACCACCAGUAAACGCUAAAUACUUAUUACCAAUUGACUUUACCAAAUGGUAUUUAAAACGCUCUGAAACACAACCGAUAUUUCAUCUGUACAAAGAGAGUGAACAACAAACAACUGAUGAUGUAAAACAACUAAUAGAAAUAUCACAUAAUCCAAACGAAAUUUAUAAUUUAUGGUCUAAACAAAUUGGUGCUGUUAGUGUUAUUGAUGAUUUUGCCUACUGGCAAGCGCAUAAUUAUCAUUACAAAUCAUCAAAACCAAUAUGGUUUAAUCCAGAGGACAAAACUGUUCAACAUAUUCUAUUUGAUGAUAAUAUACGUUUUGAAGACGACGGUUCAAAUGUCAUCGAUUUACAAUAUCUCGAAGAAAAUGGAUCAUCAUCAAACAGUUACAGUUUGGAUAUGAAUGAAGUCAUGAAAUGGGAGAAUAUUUAUUAUGUACAAGCAGAUCUACUACAGAUUAUACGGAAUAGAAAUUAUUUUAUUGAUAAAGUUUGUGAAUGUGAGACUAAUUUAAAUCGUGUACAAAGUGAAUUAUUGUAA